AUGGGAAGCUUCCAAAGAAGUAUUUUCAAAGUGUUUGCGGUGGUUCUGCUCGUGGCCACCGCAUGGGGGGAGACGGAGUUUGACUGUGACUACAAUGAGUGCGAUUUUGUAUUGAACGAACAGAACCUGGCAGCGGACAUACAUUCCUACAAGUUCAAUCUCACAGUAGAAGGCGGUACGAUCGAGACAAUCUUCGAUGGAUCACGACUUUCGAUUAUCCCACCGUCACUGUUCUCUGACUAUGGCAACAGGAUAGAAGUAUUGACUAUGUCCGAGGUGGAUGUGCAGCGGGUCGAUCCUGAUACGUUUGGUGCCGCGACUGACCUUCGAACGCUGAAAAUGCAGAAAAAUCGUAUCCCAAAGCUGUACGACUACAUGUUCCGGAAUGCCACCAAGCUGGUGCGCAUCAACUUCGGGAGCAACCGGAUCGAUGUGGUAGAGGAAUUCACGUUUGCUGGGUUAAACAAGUUGGUGCUACUGCGAUUGUCGCGCAACAAAAUUGGAGUGCUGCCACGGAAGUUGUUUGCUGGUUUGAGUGGGUUAGAAGAUCUGCAUCUGGAUCACAAUCGUAUCACGGAGCUACCGGGACGUAUUUUUGAAGACCUCGUACUACUCAAAGAGCUAUACUUAGGCUUCAACUAUUUCGAAAAGCUUACAAAAGAUAGCUUUGUGGGAAUGCCAAAACUGCGUAAGCUUGGAUUGCAAAAUAAUCGGAUCAGCUCAAUCGAUCCAGAAACGUUUAAACCGUUGAUCACAUUGGACUACCUUUAUUUGCAGUCAAACCGGCUGACAAACCUAGCGCCAGAAACAUUCGUGUCACAGGUGAAGCUGAGCUAUUUGGAUUUGAGCGCCAAUUUUUUGAGAGAACUUUCGAAGGAUCUGUUUCGAAAAACUAUCGCAUUGGAAACAUUGAAGUUGAGCAAUAAUUCGCUUCGGGAGCUGCAUAAUGAUCUGUUUGAAAGUGUAGUAAAUCUAGGUGAGCUACACAUAGAGCACAAUCUGAUACAAUCGAUAGAGGAGGCAUUGUUUAGAAACCUUCAGAAGUUGGAUACGCUGUUGCUGGAAAAUAAUCGCAUAGAGCGCAUUUUCCCUGGUACAUUUGACCCUCUGAGAAAACUAGAGGUACUGGACCUUAAUAACAACGGGUUUAUGACGCUCGAUGGAAGUCCGUUCCGUGCAUUGCGAGUUUUGAAAAAACUAUUCCUCAACGAUAAUCUUAUCAGUGUACUAAGCGCCGAGGUUUUGAAUGGUACUCGUAUGCUUAAAGAAAUCCAUCUCGAUAACAACCCAAUUCAAUCGAUCGACGAGGACUUCCUGGUUGGAACUCAUAUUUCACUACUGUCGAUGGACAAGUGUGGACUGAAGGCGUUACCGAAGCGUUUGUUUGCCAAUCAACUGUUCCUGCGGACGCUUUCUCUUGAGGGUAACAAGCUGACCGAGCUUGAUGUGGAAACGUUCGAGCCACUGUUUCGAUUGGACGAGCUGGAUCUGAGUGCGAAUCGACUGUUGAACAUUUCGAACGGGUUGGAAUAUCUUUCCAAUCUGGAUGUGGUGGAUCUAUCGAGAAAUCGUAUUCAAAAUAUUCCAGACAAUGCGUUUACGCAUAUAAAGGAACUAGAGAAAAUUAAUCUGGAGAAAAACAGGCUGACGGAAAUUCCAAGCGCGAUCGUUAAGCUUCCGAAACUGAAAGCGUUGUCACUGGAGAAAAAUAAGCUGAGUUCUAUUGCUGUACCGGAGGCUAUGGGGCUGCAAGAGCUAUACAUAGGAUGGAAUGAAAUCAGUUCUCUCCAGCUGGAAAAGUUUCCGAACUUGGAAGAGCUAUACGUCGAGGAUAACAAACUGACCAGCCUCUCGGCAGAUACUUUUGCCAACAACAGGAAACUGAAAACGAUAGAUUUAUCAGAGAAUCGGCUCACUGGGCCACUGGAAGGAGUUUUCACUCAUCUUGGUUCGCUGGAAACACUUAGCUUAAAUAGUAAUCCAUUGGGGAGUCUAACACCGAGCACGUUCGAAGGUUUGACAAAGUUGGACGAUCUUACACUGAAGAACAUCAGCCUUAGUGAGCUAAAUGAGAAAACGUUUGCAUCUCUUGUGAAGUUGAAGAAGUUGGAGCUGUCAGAGAAUAGCCUUAAUAGCGUCGUUGUUGAGGCAUUCCGGAAUAACGGGAAGCUUGAAAGUAUCUACCUGAAUGAUAACAAGAUCAGCAUUGGUUCCUUGGAUGCUUUCCUGGGAUUUGAUCGUUUGAAGUCAAUUUCAAUCUCAUAUGAAAAUGUGAUCUUACCAGAUACGUUGUUGGAAAACAAAACAAAGCUUGAGGAGUUUUACGUGCAGGGAAGUACAUUCAGCAGUCUACCGGUGAGCUUCUUCCGUUCUACGCUAUCGCUCCAAAAGCUGUCCGUUUCGGAUAACAAGCAGUUUGUGAAGGUUCCGAAGGAUUUCUUCCAGUACAUACCGUAUUUGAAGGAGCUCGUUCUGGUGAACAACAGUCUAUCUGUACUCGAUCCGAGUGUUUUUGAUCCUUUGGGGCUGCUGGUGGAACUAGACAUUUCGGAAAACCCUUUGAAAUCAUUGCCUGAAGAACUGUUCGCAAAGACAUACAGCUUGCAGAAAUUGAGAAUUUCUGACGCAAAUCUAUCUUCCAUUCCAGUAGGAAUCUUCAACAGCUUGUACGCUCUGAACACGCUGGAUCUGAGCAACAAUCAACUGAAGACGCUGUCGCAGGGUGUGUUCAAUCGGCUUUACUCGUUGGAAACGAUCUCGCUCGAGAACAACCAAUUCGAACAGUUAGAACCGGCCGUGUUUGAUGGGUUGGAGAAGCUGAAAGUCGUGAUGCUUGCUUACAACAAGCUGAGCACAUUGAAUCCUCAACUUUUUGCUGGAUUACCAUUGGAAGCAAUCGAUCUUUCCAACAAUAAGUUUACCACGUUUGAUGAGAGUGCGAUGGCUUUUGCGAAGUCGUUGCUUGUCCUGUCGCUGGAAAAAAAUGCACUGAUCUCGUUGAAGGUAUCGUCCGUGUUGGAGAAGUUGUACGUUGACGACAACCAACUGUCCUCGAUUGAGGUAAAGCUUGAGGAAUCGGCACCAUUCAGUACACUCACGACCAUUUCAGCAACUGAAAACAAUUUCACCAGCCUGGAAAGCUUUUACAAUUUUAAGAUGCUGUCUGAGCUUGAUUUAUCGUACAACCGGUUCGAAGUGUUGGAACUGGGUAAGCUGAGCAGCGAAAUAUAUCCUCUCUACAUACUGAACGUAUCGAACAGUCACGUGCAACGCAUCGAGAUUGGUAGUAUUGAGUCGCCUACGUCCUUGAUUCAUUUGGACAUUUCAAACAACAACGUGACGGCCCUGAAUGUGAGCUCGUUCGCAGUGUUCCCGAAUCUGGAGAACUUUGUGUUCGGAGGCAACAAGUUCAAUUCGUUCCCGGUGAAUGAAUUGAUCGGGACGUUUCAACAGCUGCAAUCGAUCGGACUGGAAGGUACGACCUGGAAGUGUGACUUCUUGACCAGUUUGAAGCACUCAAUAGAGGAGGUAGAUGUGAGCUUCUGGUACAAAUCAAGGGAUACAGAAGAAACUGAUGAGAUUGAGGUUUGUUCUAAGGAGAUCGAUGGUAUCUGCUGUGUGUAA